GCAUGUACUUCCGGUAGAAGAAGCUCAGUCAGCUGUCACAAAGUGAGACAAGAGGAUCGUUCACCGAAGACAAAUAACACCAAAAUGUCUACUUUCCACACCGUCUUCGGUCAAUACACGUUGACUCAGCUCAACGAAAUUCUAGAGGACGAAGAAAAACUUAGCCAAAUGGUACAAGAGCUGGACGAGAUGCAUGAAGUCCAGCAAAGCAAAGAAACAACACUGGUGAACAACAGAACUCUGGCAGAAGACAACCUUGCCCUCCAACCUCAACUGGAGCUCAAGAAAGAGCAGCUGACCAAGAUAUACAGUCGUCUGCAGGAGAGCUUCGAAGCCUAUCAGCUGCGCAAGUCCACCCUAGACCACAAAUCAGGAAACACAUCACUGGACAUUCUGUUGGCUUUGCUGCAGGCGGAGGGAGCCAAAGUCGAAGAGGAAACUGAGAAUAUGGCUGAUUCUUUCCUUGAUGGUGACAUGACCCUGGAUGCCUUCAUUGAUUCCUACCAAAACCAGAGGAAGUUGGCCCACUUGAGGAGGGUGAAGAUCGAGAAGUUGCAGGAGAUAGUGCUGAAAGGCCAGCCGUCACGAUCCGCCUCCCAUUCCCAGGAUAUGUCGGUCGCAGCCAGGCCCUCGUCCUCCGUCCUCCCCGAGGCCGGCAACGGCUUGUCUCCAAUGCUGCAGUCCAGGAGAAAUCCUCCACCUCCUCCAUCCCAGCCAGCCCCAAAACUAAACCCAGCUCCCGUGGCUCUCCCCCAGCCUUCGACCUUCUACGCCGUAUCACCUUACCCCCCAAUUCCUCCCAGAACAGGCCAACCCUACCCAAGUGCUACACCCGCCUAUCCCUUCUUAUCUCAGUACCCACCCGCUUUGCCACAGAGGCCCCCAUCCAGCGUGGCCCCGCAGCCCGGAUUCAUCAUUCAGUGAAUGAACUCCGCUGCCAGUGUGUGCCAAGGACAAUUCACCACUGGAGCUCCUCGAAGAACAACGGUCCGUGGCGUUCACCGUCUUCGAUUCUUGAUCAACCCCCACACAGACCUGAGAUGUUUAGCUGAUGGGUAAUAACGUGAUAUUUGCAUAGCGCUCAAUCAGCACUCCAAACAACAAGAACAUCACUCGGAGAAUUCGGUCUCCGUUCACUCCACCCGGCAGAGUGUCCACGGAAGAAGGGCCCAGUGGAGCCCACAGUGGACACGAGCUGCUCAGCUCGUCCUCUUAUUAGCACUUUUUUUUUUGUUUUUUUUUUUGUUCUCUGCAGGCCUAUUAAUGUUUGGUCUCUCCUUUCCCUGCAGGCGUGUUCCUCACACACGUGUCCCAUGUGCGGCAGUCAAAUAUUACUGUUUAUAUAUGCAAACAAAGAGACCAUAUUUACUGUGUUUUGUCAGAAUAUAUUCUUGGAAAAAGCAUCUAUGCUGUGAUUUUAUUUUAUUUUUCCCCCCCCCCAAUACAAGUUCACAUGAUAUUUGGGAAAUACAUUCAAUUUGAGCAUUUGCUUUAUGUUAAUGCUAAAUAGUCUAGACUGAUCGUGUGCAAAGGAGAACUUUGUUUGAAUCAACAUUUAAUGUGUGUCCCGGAUCUGCCUUGUCAAGACGGCCGACCUCGUACUUGGGCCGUCGCAGGGCCAAAGUCCAAAGAGACUUGAGAAGAUUGGUGGCUGAACUAUUUGGAUGAAUCGUUUGGGCUUUUAGACUCCUGUUGAAGUUGAAGGAGUCGUGAAAGACCAUCAGUGCUCGUACUUUUGUGUCUUCUUUGGCUUUUAUGCUCGUUCAUUUUGUCCUCCGUUCAUAUUCAGUGCUCUUACACGUACUUGUUUUUCACAUCACUCCGUAGGAAAGUUGUUUUUUUUAGUGUAAAUGACACCUUUUGUGUUUCUGAUGUGAACGUAAAACACAUACAAACCCUGUUUCCAUAUGAGUUGGGAAAUUGUGUUAGAUGUAAAUAUAAACGGAAUACAAUGAUUUGCAAAUCCUUUUCAACCCAUAUUCAGUUGAAUGCACUACAAAGACAAGAUAUUUGAUGUUCAAACUCAUAAACUUUUAAUUAACUUAGAAUUUCAUGGCUGCAACAUGUGCCAAAGUAGUUGGGAAAGGGCAUGUUCACCACUGUGUUACAUCACAUUUUCUUUUUAACAACACUCAAUAAACGUUUGGGAACUGAGGAAACUAAUUGUUGAAGCUUUGAAAGUGGAAUUCUUUCCCAUUCUUGUUUUAUGUAGAGCUUCAGUUGUUCAACAGUCCGGGGUCUACGCUGUCAUAUUUUACGCUUCAUAAUGUGCCACACAUUUUCGAUGGGAGACAAGUCUGGACUGCAGACGGGCCAGGAAAGUACCGGCACUCUUUUUUUUUUUUUUUUUUUUUUUUACGAAGCCACGCUGUUGUAACACGUGCUGUAUGUGGCUUGGCAUUGUGUCUUGCUGAAAUAAGCAGGGGCGUCCAUGAAAAAGACGGCAUAUGUUGUUCCAAAACCUGUAUGUACCUUUCAGCAUUAAUGGUGCCUUCACAGAUGUGUAAGUUACCCAUGCUUUGGGCACUAAUACACCCCCAUAUCAUCACAGAUGUUGGCUUUUGAACUUUGCGUCGAAAACAGUCUGGAUGGUUCGCUUCCUCUUUGGUCCGGAUGACACAAUGUCGAAUUUUUCCAAAAACAAUUUGAAAUGUGGACUCGUCAGACCACAGAACACUUUUCCACUUUGCAUCAGUCCAUCUUAGAUGAUCUCGGGCUCAGAGAAGCCGGCGGGGUUUCUGGAUGUUGUUGAUAAAUGGCUUUCGCAUUGCAUUUGUAGAGUUUUAACUUGCACUUACAGAUGUAGCGACAAACUGUAUUUAGUGACAGUGGUUUUCUGAAGUGUUCCUGAGCCCAUGUGGUGAUAUCCUUUAGAGAUUGAUGUCGGUUUUUGAUACAGUGCCGUCUGAGGGAUCGAAGGUCACGGUCAUUCAAUGUUGGUUUCCGGCCAUGCCGCUUACGUGGAGUGAUUUCUCCAGAUUCUCUGAACCUUUUGAUGAUAUUAUGGACCGUAGAUGUUGAAAUCCCUAAAUUUCUUGCAAUUGCACUUUGAGAAACGUUGUUCUUAAACUGUUUGACUAUUUACUCAUGCAAUUGUGGACAAAGGGGUGUACCUCGCCCCAUCCUUUCUUGUGAAAGACUGAGCAUUUUUUUGGGGAAGCUGUUUUUAUACCCAAUUAUGGCACCCACCUGUUCCCAAUUAGCCUGCACACCUGUGGGAUGUUCCAAAUAAGUGUUUGAUGAGCAUUCCUCAACUUUGUAUCAGUAUUUAUUGCCACCUUUCCCAACUUCUUUGUCACGUGUUGCUGGCAUCAAGUUCUAAAGUUAAUGAUUGUUUGCAAAGAAAAAAAGUUUAUCAGUUUGAACAUCAAAUAUGUUGUAUUUGUAGCAUAUUCAACUGAAUAUGGGUUGAAAAGGAUUCGCAAAUCUUUGUAUUCCGUUUAUAUUUACGUCUAAGACAAUUUCCCAACUCAUAUGGAAACAGGGUUUGUACAAACCACAUUUUAUUCAAGCCUUGUAAAAUUAUAAAGGAUUUUUCCAUGUGAGAAGAAUAUCAAUGGACUCGUUAACUGCUGUUCACUGUUGAAGAGCCACCAGUGCCUAGACGGGUCGGGACUUUGACCAGGUUCCUGCUGACCGCUCCGUUUCCCUGGUCCUAGACUCCGGAACGAUGCCAUUGAGCGUGUGCCAGUGUGACUUCAUCCGGCUUUGUGGCGACCGGUGCUUGUCGAUGUAGGCCAGACCUCCAUUAGUACCGCAUGUCUUUAGAUCUACUUUGUGAAAUAACAAGUCUCUGAAAUGCCACACCUUUGUCGCGUUUACCCCGAGAUAAGAACACAUCACCUGGACUGGGAUGUCGGCUAAAUCAUCCAUGACAUGAACCCAGGAGUGAUGAUGUCGUGCAUGCCUUUUGUGUUCAGUCUGAAUAUUCCUAAUACCCUUUUUUUUUUGUUGUUUGUUUUUGCUUGUUAAUCUGGUUUGACGGGUUAUCUGUAACUAGUGUUUAUAUGUGCUCGGUGAUAUUUUUUUAGUGCUGUUAUAGGUGUUUACUAAAUGGAAUUUUUUUGUUGUUGCUAUUUUUAAGUUCAAUAAAUCUCAAAAGUUG